AUGGAGAGUGGAAGUGAUAUGAAUCAUCUGCAAUAUAAUUGUGUUAGAUUUGAUAGAUUGUCUGCGAAUGAUGUUCUAGGCAAGGAGUUUAAAUCUGUUGAGGAAGCAGAGAUCUUUUAUUUUGCUUACGCCAAGGCAAUGGGGUUUGAUGUUAGAAAGGAUGACAAGUAUGUAAGUGCAAGGAUGGGGAGAGUCACAAUCCGUCAAUUGGUUUGUUCUGCACAAGGGAAGAGACGGGAGGAAUAUAUGAACAACAGUAACAAGGUCCGUAUGCCAAAAAAAUUGACAAGGUGUAAUUGUCCAUGUUUGUUCAAGGUAAGAUAUUUUAAGAAGAAUAACUCGUAUGUUGUAGUUGAUUUCAAAACAAACCAUUCCCAUGAUCUUGCACAGCCACACGAGUCACAUCUUCUCAAGUCACAUCAAUCUGUACCAGAUUCUCAUUUAGCAUUAGCUAAAUCUAUGAGGAGAGUACCCAUUAAGGUUUGUCAUACAUACCAAUACAUGGCUGACAGAGCUGGAGGCCUUACGAAAGUCGGUUUUAUAAGGAAAGAUCUGUACAAUAAGUUGGAUAUAAGUCGUCGAGAGGCUCUACUUGAAGGGGAUGCAAAAGCUGCACUUUCAUAUUUGGAAGGAAAAGCAGCCACAGACAAGAAGUUAUUUUGCAAGUAUAGCACAGAUGAGAGUAACAGGUUGGCUAACUUGUUUUGGAGAGACUCAACUUCAUUGCUUGAUUAUUCUUGUUUCGGAGAUGUGUUGGUAUUUGACAGCACGUACAAGACCAAUCACUAUGAGAAGCCGUUGGUAUUAUUUGCUGGUUCAAACCAUCAUUUAUCGACUACGAUUUUUGGUUUUGCAUUACUAGUUGAUGAGACGGUUGAGACAUAUACAUGGGCUUUGCAAAUGUUUUUAGAGUCUAUGAAGGGCAAAAAACCCAUUGCAGUGCUAACUGAUGGAGAUGAAGCAAUGCGGAAGGCUAUUGAAGUAGUAUUUCCAUAUUGUCCACAUCGUUUAUGUACAUGGCAUAUUGCAAAGAAUGCUCAAAGUAACUUGCAUAAUCUAGAAGUAAUUGCAGAGUUUCGGAGAUGUAUGUUUGAUGAAGCAACCCCAUAUGGUUUUGAGCAACGGUGGAAUGAUAUGGUGAACAAAUUUGAUCUUCGUGAUAAAAAUUGGUUGGAGAAACAUGCAUCCACCAUUUACACUGACAGUGUAUUUUACCUAGUACGUGAGGAGAUAGAGCAGGUUGGAUCAUCAAGAAUUAUGCGUUUCCGCACAAGUAGUGUGUACAUAACAUCCAGUUAUAAUAACAAUGAAGAGAAUGAGUGCACGACUAUUUACCACCAUCUGGAAAGCAAUCCUCGCAUAGAGAUACCUUUGUCUUUGGUGAUGAAACGGUGGACAAAACACGCAAAAUCUGAAAUUCAAUCCACAAUUCCUGAGGACAAUAUACCUGGUGAAGCUCUACAAUUGAUCAGGCACGGCGAUUUAAGUUAUUUGGGUAGUAAGGUAUCUUACCUAGCAUUGAAGACAAAGGAGGGCACUGACAUUUUGAGAAAUGAACUCGUUAAACUAGAGCCGGUAUUGGAAGAGAUUUUGAAUCAACAAAAAGAAAUCAUUGUUAGUUCAAGCGAUUGUGAUAACAUCCUGAAAGAUCCAAUCAAGGUCAGAAGCAAAGGUAUGCAGGGUACUGAAAACAGCAAACGACCUAAGAACAACCGAAAAUGUAGUUUGUGCAAGAACUACGGACAUACAAAACCUAGAUGCCCAAAGAAAAAUAGGGUACGUGGCAGAACCAGUCGUGUAAACCAUGAUAAGAAUUUCAAUUCAGAUAAUGUGCAGCAGCCUCCCAAAAAGAAACCAAAGGUUUGA